CCUUUUCCCAUUAACAAAUUUAGCUUGAAAUUGAACAGAGUAAAAUGUAUUUACUGUGUCUUACGCAAAUGAGAUUUUUAAAACUCUUUCUGCUCUUACUCUUCUCUGCUUUUCACAUAAAUCUGAGUUCCGCCCAAAUUGCUAGUGAUUUCCGUAAAAGUUGUGCUAGCAACAACGGUAACUUCACCGCUAACAGUACCUACGAUGCCAACCUCAAUCGUCUAUUCUCCCAACUGUCCUCCAGCCAGGAUUACAAUCAUGGCUUCUAUCAUAUGUCCGUUGGCCAAAGCCCUGACCAGGUCAACGCAAUUGCACUCUGCAGGGGAGACCAAAAUGUGGACGUCUGCAAAAGUUGCCUGAACAGCACCAUCUACGCGCUCCAACAAACCUGUCCCAACUAUAAAGAAGCAAUCGGGUGGUCGGAAUUCUGUACUUUACGUUACUCAAACCGACAAAUUUACGGGAUUAUGGAAACCGAUCCUUAUGAUAAACUAUGGAGAGUUGAUAACCAAUCUGCGCCGCAUAACGUUAAUGAUUUCGACAGGGCCUUGAGUUUCUUAUUGAAAAAUUUAAGCGUCCGUGCGGCCGCCGGAGGUCCUCUUUUCAAGUAUGCAGCGGGUUUAACGGUCUCUUCCCAAAGAAUUUACGCCAUGAUGCAGUGUACCCCGGAUCUGUCCCAGCAAAAAUGCGGCGCUUGUCUGGCGACGGGCAGCGACAGGAUGAGGGCUGCCUGCUAUGGAAUAACCGGGUGCAGAAUUCUGCAACCCAGCUGUCUCUUAAGAUACGAGAUUGAUUUAUUUUUGAGCGAUUUAAGUAAUGUCAUUAUUGUGCCGUUUGCACCUCCUUGUCCACCUCCUCCAAGUCCAACAGAAGGUCGCUAACGGUUUGCAAAAACUCCCCCUAUAUCCAUCUUAUUCCCUAAAAUAAUAGUUUAUGCUUUUCUAAUAUAUAGUGUUUGGAAACUGAUAUUUGUAUUUGAAAUGUAUAUUUUAAAUACAUGUAUUUUAAAUAC